UUUACAGUCCCAACUGUCAAUGAAGGUUGUAUCACGGUUGUCAUGGGGACGGCACCGGAAGUGACGUAGAAUCCGGAUCUCCGGCGCCGAUUGGAGGCCGCAGCGGCGGUAACGUUCAAUCCAGGACGAGAGAUGUCUGUACGAUACCCUCGCCCUUUUAGCGGGCGUUCUGGUGUAAAGAAAUCAGGGAGCAGUAAGAAGAAGACACAAGUGCGGCAGAGCUGGGAUAGCUCGAUACAGGAUCUGGGCGUUCAUCGUGCGACCCCUGAGGAGGUGGCGCAUCGUCAUGAGAUCCACAAGUCCAAAAAUCACAGCCUGGCACAAUGGGAACUAAAGAAGAAAUCUCUGAAGAAAGAAUGGACAAGAAGCAAUGGGGGCACCCCGGACCCUCUACAGGAGCGACGCUUGGCCCUAAUGAUGGAGAUCCUCUCUGAUCAGUACCAGAUGAAGGACGUCCUGGAGCGCUCAGACAGGACUAUGGCUGUGGUGAAGGAUCUCUUUGGGGACGCUCCUCGCAGACACACAGGUUUCCCACAUGUGACCAUGGCUCCAUCCUGUGACUUGGAAACUUCACGUGGCCCUAUAGCCCAGAAGAAGGACCCCCCUACCCGCCUGUCUAUCCUGAGUGAAAGCGUUAUGGACUCACAGGCUCUGAAUGAAGUGGAGGAGACUCAGGACAGUGAUAAUGAUGACGAUGAUGAUGAUGAUGUAGAUGUCUCCAUCAGUUUUCAGCCGGGCCUCCGCACAGACAGGGUUCGCCGGAUAUUGGAUGAAGAGAGUUCUCGUCUCAUAUCUGAACAGUGGUCCAGGUCCAGUAAUAAAGCGCCGAAUUUGGAGAACCCCCUCGUAACGCCCAGAGGUGGGGGUCCCCCUCCGGAUGGCCAGAUUGCCUUAAACGCCACUGCCGCUGUGAACAAGGUGAAGACCCGACUUACCCAGGAGGAACAAGAGGAGCCGGAGACCAGUUCUGUCAUCGGCCGCGUGUUAAACCCCCAGCCCAUAAACCACCGCAGGCUUCAGAGUAAAGGAAAGAAGAAGGGACCCAAAAGGGACCCAGGGACUGUUUCCAGCAGUCGGAGCGCGGACCCCCCGUCCUCCUCCACCUAUGAGCGGUCAGGCUGCAGUCAGUCCAGUCUGGAUGUCCUGAACCAGAUGAUCCAAGAGGUGGAAAGAGAAUUGGAGACCUACGAGAGGGAGACCGGCCGGGAAGUUCCCUCCAUGCCACAGUCUCAGGGGCUGACCGGAUUCACUCUGUCCCUUGUCAGUUCUAUAAGGCGCCUGGUGUCCUACCUGAAGGAGAGCGACCGCCAGCAGCGCCAGGAGUCCCUGGAGAGGCAGCGGCUCAAAGACGAGCUCAGUGAACAGCGACUCCUCAUAGAUGCCCUGACUGCGGAGAUUCUCGCUAUAAAAGAUGGCCGCUCCCUAUCCCCGGCCGAUCACCAGUUCCUGUCUGACCAGUCCCAAUCUCCUGGAGGGGCUACGACCAAUCUUGUCAUGGUCAGCCCUGCGCAGAUGAACGCCCCAGCCAACUCCAACUCUGAUCAUGUGUCAGGACCUGGCUUACAAGGUGCAGAAGAGCAUGGAGACUCAGCAGCGCCCCACCCUGGUUAUGAUGCAUCCAGCAUUACACAGAUGUCAACAUUCGGGAAGAUGACUUCUCCGCUGGAUUUUCAGCCCGCCAUCAUGUUAUCUCCCCCCAGGCAGACAACUCGGCCAGAUUUCAGGGACCAGUCCUCGUCGCUUCUCAGCAGCCAUGACUUAUCUUCAUCAUCUAGUAAGGACGUCCCCGCUCCGGCCCAUCGUCCCGAUCCGACUGCACAGAGGUGGAAGUUACCGUCUCGCGCUCAGAGUUUGUCUUGUGUCGCUGCUUCUCACCCUUCCUGUCCUCAGGAGGAAAUACCUGCUGAUCACCCCCAUACCGAGGGCCGGGGAACUCACCCCACCAUGACUGAUGAUAAUGAUAUUGUAUCUCGGAUGGCUGAACUGACCUGUCAGAACAACGCACUGAAGGCUCAGCUGAAGCAGCUCAGUUAUAAGACCGGCAGAGCCAGCGACAGUGCGGACACUUCACCGGUGACCGCAGAUAAUAAGGAGGCGUCGUCUAUACGUAGUCCGGCGACGCUGGAGAUGAGGAUUGCGGAGCUGAACCGGCAGAGCACAGAGGCCCGGGAUAAACUUCUGAGACUCAUCGAGCAGCAGAAACAGAGCCUGGUGGUCUCGCCCGCCAUCUCGCCCAUCACACCACAGCAGGAGGAGUCAGGCAGGAGAGUGCAGAUCAUCGAUGCCGUGAUCCCAAUGCCCCAGUUUACCGACUCUUCCAUUGAGGAGACCCCAUCUCCGGGCAGCGGGCGCAGAUCAAGCGCCUCUCAGAGAUCCAAUCCCUCUGUGAGCGGCUCAUCCAGAGGAGGGAGAUCAAUGUCAGAUGUGCAACGGCUAAAG